UGCAGCUUAACCCAGCGGACACACACACACACACACACACACACACAGACAGACAGACAGACAGACAGACAGACACAGCAAACAGGGCUUGACACCGCGGAGCCAUAACGGUACAGCACACACUGCAGACAUACUGUGUUGUUGUUAAGAGUAUUUGAGUUAGGGCGGUGGAGAGAGGAAGACUGAAGAAGAAGAAGAAGAAGGAGGAGGAGGAGGAGGAGGCUGAGUGUGUCACGAAAAAGAAGAAGGAGAGCGGAUUCCAGACGCACCUCUAUCAUAACUAAUUCAUUGUCGCUGUAAACCGGUGGACAGACGGCUAAACUGCUCCCUCAUUAGGCUGAGACACUCAGACGGUAGGGGCGUUGUGGUGAGAAGUGACAGGACGCAACAUGGUGGAUUACUAUAACACCCUGGGAGUGUCCAGAACAGCCUCUCAGGACGAUAUCAAGAAAGCAUAUAGGAAACUGGCACUGAAAUGGCAUCCAGACAAAAAUCCAGACAACAAGGAGGAGGCAGAGAGAAAGUUCAAAGAAGUAGCUGAGGCCUAUGAAGUCCUCUCUGACAAGACUAAGCGUGAUGAAUAUGACCGAUAUGGAAAUGACAGAAUGCGACACACAGGUCCCUCCAGCUCAGACUUUUCGUCAGAUUUCCCAGGAUUCACCUUCACAUUCCGCAACCCAGAUGAGGUGUUCAGAGAGUUCUUUGGUGGCCAGGAUCCUUUUGCUAGCUUUUUUGAUGACUUCUCAUCCUUUGGAGGCUCGUCUUCUCGCCUCGGACCUGGUCGCUUCUUUUCUUUUCCUUCAGCAGGAGUUGAAUUUACCUCCUUCUCCUCUUCCUUUGGUGCUCUGAAUGGGAUGGACAGCAUGGGGAUGGGCAACUUCAAAUCAGUUUCUACCUCCACUCGCAUCAUAAAUGGCAAACGCACCACCACCAAGAAGAUAAAGGAAAACGGGCAGGAAAGAAUCGAGAUUGAGGAGGAUGGGGUGUUAAAGAGUGUCCUUGUUAAUGGCGUGGAGGAUGAAAUGGCUCUCGCACUGGAGCUGAGUCGACGAGAGGGACAGCCCCAUCAGUCGCCUCAGAAGCCACAAAUCCAGAACAGAUCUCCCGUUGAGUCUGACAGGCCCCGCCCCAGUCCUUACUCUGCAGCCACACGGUCAUUUAGCUCCGCACCCUCCUUCAGCUACGGGGUUGCAGCAGGCAGCGAGGAUGACGAAGAAGACGAAGACCUGCAGAUGGCUUUGGCAUGCAGCCUGUCAGAAAUGGAAGCCCAGAAGAUAGCAGCUGCUAACGACUACAUAUCAGGUGCUCGGGGUGGGGGCAUGAGUGACAAAACCGGUGGCCAUAAAGGAGGCGGGGUUGUUAAGACUACACAUUUGAACAUAGCUUGUAGUAAAAAGAUUGUUGCAGAGGAGAAAGAUGAAGAGGGGGGAUGUAAAGUGGGCUCAGGGGCUGGAGGUGGGUGGGAAAAGGAAGGAACCGGGGAACCAGACUUCUCUCCUGAGUCACCCACAACUUCCAGCAGUACACCACUAAGCAGUGAAGAAGAGUUUGAACGCGCCAUAAGAAAUAGCGAUAGCAGUGUGAAAAAGAAAAAGAAGUGCGGGUGCAUUGUGUGCUAAUACAGUGUGUGUGUGUGUGUGUGCGUGUGUGUGUGUGUGUGUGUGUGUGUGUGUGUGUGUGUGUGUGUGUGUGUGUGUGUGUGUGUGUGUAUAUAUAUAUAUAUAUUUGGGAUGCCUUAUUCUUUAUACUUACCUCAGUGUUGUGCCUAUAGCCAGGCUCUAAUGUAAUGCGAUUGCCAGACUCUUAAUUUGAGACAGUGCCUCAACUAAUCACAAGGCUUUCUUGCAGUCCUAACACCUCUAAAAGAGAUAAAGUGUCAAUUUUGACAAGGUUUCUGCUGUAUUUUCUUAUAAUUUAACCAGUACAGUUAAAGUUGUAAUCGUGUGAAGAAAUACAGAAGAUUGUUUCUGUGUAGAUUUGCUAUAUACUAAUACUAGUGGACUUAAAGUGGAAUUAAAAGGGAUUCAGAUGUGGCCGAGCUGGAAGGGAUUUAAAUCCCAGUAAUGGUGUGUGUGUGCGUGCGUGUCUGUGUGUUUGUAUGCGUGUGUGCGUGCGUGUCUGUGUGUUUGUAUGCGUGUGUGUGGGCCAGUUGAGAAUUUUCUCAUUCCAACUCUCAGUCAAAGGGAAUGUAUCAGAACUGUGCCACAAACAAUAGAUCAAAAUCGAAAGUAGGCCAAAGCACUUUCUCUGAUGAGUUUUAUCAUGACAUAAAAACCAGAUUGAUUUUUAAAAAAGACCCCUGUUUACUCUUAAUUACUAGAAUAUGUACAGCAAAAAGUAGUUGAAGCACACACUCACACACUUUGCAAAUAUAAAUACCUUGGACACAUAUAUAUAUGUAUACACACAGGCUUCCCAGUCAGACUUGUUCCAACCAGUAGCCCAGCUUUUAUACUGUUGCAAAGUUGAUGUCUUAUGUAUCAUGAAAUGCAAGUACAUGUCUUGGCCUUAAUGCACUUCUACUAAAAUAUAAUAACCAUUUUUGAUUGUAGAUUGGAGGUGGGGCGGCACUUUACGAAGAUGGAAGGCAAAGCACAAUGUAGAAUGUGUACAGCAUCGUGACUGAUACAUAUAAAUCUUUUAUAUUUUGAUCCUUUUGGUGCCCUUGCACAUUUUGGCUACUUAAUAUGUGUUUAUUUUGCUUACAUAACCACAGCAAAUGUGCCAAGUCUGCAGAAACAAAUGUAUUUCAAGGGAAGCAAAUGUAUUUUAAUAGAGGCAAAUGGCAAAGCUAUACAUUAGCGAUUGGGAGUGUUGUCAGGUGUUCUGCAGAGUGAGUGUGACUGAAUUUAAUUCCAUUGUGAUGGUUGUGAGAGUGUUUAAAAAAGGUUUUAAACCAUUAAUCAUGCUAGGUUUGAUUAAGCAUGUGUUGAUUAAGUGCUCCUGAGUGAAACACUAAACCCCACCUGUUCCAGUUCAGCUGCUUAGUACGCAAAAAUAAACAGACUGUGUUCCAGGGCAUAAUCAUCCCUCCACCUGUGCUGAUUAAUAGUUUAUUUGAAAAACAAAACAAAAAAAGUAUUACAAAUCUGCCAAAAUGAUGGACAUAUUUUGCGUUGAGAGUAAAUCUAGUAGUCUGUGUUUUCGUUUGAUUUUUGCAGUUUACAGUGUUUGAUUUAUCUCUUUUAACUCCUGCUGGGAUGAAUUUUGUGUCAGACAUAGUUUGAAAUGAACACACAGUCCUGUAUAUGUGAGGAACAACAAACCGCUGACUGUCUCCGUGGUAUAGGUGUGUUAUGAAGACAGAGAGAGAGAAUUUAAUGUAACUUUUCAGAUACCAAACCUACAUAAUUGUGUCUGAUUAUCAGGCCAACCGAACUUGUGAGUUACUACAAAACAAACACACACACACACAACAUACACACACACACACACACACACACACGCACACACAGAGUCAUAAUACAAUACUAAUAACUGUUUUAAAUGUGAUUGUUGGUGUAUCAAGGAACAGAAAGUCCUGUUGGUGCCAAAAAGGUAUUCAAAAUAUAAUUUUUAAUAAAAAUAUAAUUUUUAAUACCCUUGAAAGACAUGCCUGUCUUAAAAAAUACCUUAUUACAAGCAGUGUCUAUUCCCCUGCUCUUAAUUUACACUACUUAUAGAGCACAAUACGUUUAUUGGUUUAUCAGUUGUUUUUCAUGAGUGCUUGAUUUAUUUUACAUUGCAUGAGUUUUGCUUUCAUUUUAAGGAUAACUAUUGUAACUGGCAAUAAUGAAGCACAGCUGUGGGAACAUGUCAGUUUAAACCAGUUCAAAUCAUUUUGACCUUUUUGACUGAGUUGUUUUUCAUAAACUGUUAUUGCGUAUAGAGAGGGAACGAGAGAGAAGGAGGCAAAUUGUUUUUAAAUCUACCUGUAUUAUUUGUACUACAUUGAGCUGCCAUGUGUUUUUGUUAUUUUUAUUUCCAGAUUGUCAAAAGAUAAAUAAAGAUUGGGCUGAAGUGGA